AUGAACCCCAUGGAGAUCCGGCACCUUGCUGUCCUUAGGGCGCGCGCCGUUCCCUGGGCUCACCGGCCGACACCAUGGAAGUCAGGUACGUGGGAGGACUCCACCCUCCUCAGGCUGCGCCGCCCUACGUCCCUCACCUCGAUUGAAGCUGCCCGCUUCCUCCAGGCGCUCGCCGAUGGGGAUCUACCGGCCGCCCGGCCCCGCGCCGCCACAGUCCAGGAAGGAGAUAUCGCCGUGCGGGCGCUUCUUGAGCUCGGGAGAGGCACAGGAGAAGGAAGAGGCAAAAGGGAGAUCAUCUACAUUAAUCUCCUGUCAAUUAUUGGAAAUCCCAAGUACUUCACGAGCAAAGCACCUAUGGAGAAGGAUGGUAGAAGUGAGUUCAAAAGGGAGAUCAUCCACACCACUUGCAGAUCAGCGGGAGGAGAACAAUCAGUAGAGCGAUAGGGCAAAAGGGAGAUUUUUAUACCACAUAAACUUGCAGAUCAACGUGAAGAGGGCAAAGAUAGGGCAAAAGGGGAUCUCUAUGCCGCCCAUAGAUCAACAUAUACCUUGGUCACGUUCUAGCUACAAGGAGGAGGAUCAAGGAGGACUGGGGAAGACGGGCGGGAUGAAGGCAUAGAGAUCGUUGUUUGGCGACAGCGUUCUGUUUGGCGACGAAGGCAUGGAGAUCGCUAUUUGGCGCCAACAUGCGUUCUGUUUGGCGCCAAGCAGCCGUAGGAGAUUUUUCAGCAGACAAAUUGAGUGUUUGUUUUCAUUUUUUUAAAAGAAAUAAGUGAGGAAAUUAGA